CAAGGGUUGUUACGUAUUAAAAAUUUGAAUUGAUUAUCUGUUAAAAAAGAAAAUAAAAUGUUACCGGAAAAGUCUAACGAAACAUUUUGCAGGCUGUGUCUUAAUAUUAUAAGCGACACAAAUUGUGAAGUAAUUGGGGAAGUUAUAAGGGAAGUCCUAAAUGUUGUUUUGCAGAAGUUCUUUUAAUAAAGAAUAUAUUUUAGAAUUUCCAGAAGAGAGAUAAGCAUGUAAUGUGUAAAAAAAUGUCGCAUUAAAUUAUUUUCCGCUCUUAAAUUUAAGUCUAUAUGUAUGGAUACUGAGGAUAUUCUUUUUCCUUAUAUUGGUUGCAAUAAAAUGCUAGUUAACUUGAAAGAAAUUUAUCUAAAGGAAAAAGGAGAUAAUCACUUUAUCGAUGUAUCAGAAAAUCAGAAAAUUUGUCGAUUAUGUUUUCAAUUGAUUAAAUGUGGAUUUGUGAAACCAGAUGAAGUGGAUGUUGACAUAAUUGAUAAAUAUAUACCACAAGUAAACAUCAGUGCCAUUAAGGACCCUGUUAUAUGUGAACUGUGCUUCGAUUCUCUUGCAACUCAUGGUAGCUUUGUAAAAAAAUGCCUUGAUGUGCAAGAAAAAUAUGAAAAUAACAGUAAACAGUCUCGUAUUAAUAUUGAAAAUGUUGAUUUAAAUCUAGAGGAGGAUGAUCAAGUUAGUGAUCCACCUCCGCAUGGUUCGAAGAGAAAAACGGCAAAGAAGAGCAAAAGAAAACGUGGUUGUAAAGGCGUAAGGCGAACAAAUAACAAACGCAAACGUUAUGCUACAUACGGAUGUGACAAAUGUUCUUUUAAAACUCACUCGAAAUACAAUCUUACUAGCCAUCAGAUAAUACACAAAGAUCUAUCAGAAUUACAAAUGUUCAAGUGUGAUGAAUGUAGUUUCGAGACAAAAUAUAAAGGCAAUAUUAAAAUUCAUAAGUUGCAACAUAACACAGACCCUUCUAAAAUCAAAAUAUACAAAUGCGAUAAAUGUACUCACGAAACCAAAUAUAAGUGUCACCUGAAAGUGCACCAGUUGAGACACAAACAGUUAUGGGAGAUUCAAAUGUACAAGUGUGAUAACUGCGAUUUUCAAACAAAGCGUAAAGAACACCUCCAAAAUCAUCAGUUGUUGCACAAAAAACUAGAUAAGUUUUCUGGAUUGAAAGGGACGUACAAGUGUAAGAAAUGUACUUAUGAGACUAACCAUAAACAUAACUUCAUACGUCAUGAGUUAAAGCAUGUGGAACGUUUUCUGGCCCAGAUGUACAAGUGUGAUAAGUGUGACUUUGAAACAAAGUAUAAAUUGAGCCUUAUAAGACAUCAAUUAACACACAAAAACUUUUCAGAACUGCAAGUGUUCGAGUGUAAAAUAUGUGAUUUUAAAACCAAACAUAAGGAUAGUCUUAGAAGCCAUCAGAUAGCACACAAAAAGGGCGAAAUGUACAAAUGUUACUCUUGCGAUUUUGAAACUGCCUGUAAACGUAAUCUUAUAAAUCAUCAGGUAAUACACAGAGAUACUUCUUUGGUCAGAAUGCACACCUGUGAUGUGUGUGAUUUUGUAACCAAGCAUAGAAGUUGCUUCUCGAGACAUAAGUUAAGGCAUAAGUCUGAAAUUUUCCGAGAUCCCUGUAGUGAGAGGCGAAUUUGUAACAGCCUGUAUAUCUUGAAUAAUUGCAAAUAUUACAUUCCGAUUGAACUUUGCUGA